UGAACUCAAAGCCAACUGUUUUCUCAGAGAAAUACUGGGGAAAUCACUGCUUUGUAAACUGGGCUGCCAUUUGCUCCAUUGCUUGUAAGAUGUGUAACAAUUCUCUCUUUGGAGGUUAGCAUCUGCGAAUGAGACAUGGAGCAUCCUUGCAACAGAUCCAGUGUCUCUAGACUCCUAAAUUUCUAGAUUUCUAUCAAGCUCCUUGUUCUGCUGACCUACAGAAUUCAAAGAUGAUUUCCAUGGUGAUGGUUGCCGUGGGGGUCUACGCCCGUCUGAUGAAGCAUGCAGAGGCUGCCAUGGCCUGCCUGGCUGUGGACCCAGCCAUCCUGCUCAUGGUGGUGGGCAUCCUGAUGUUUUUCAUCACUUUCUGUGGCUGCAUUGGCUCCCUGCGUGAGAACAUCUGUCUGCUGCAGACGUUCUCGGUCUGCCUGACGGUUAUCUUCCUGCUCCAGUUGGCAUCUGGCGUUCUGGGCUUCGUCUUCUCAGAUAAGGCACGUGGGAAGGUAAGCGAGAUUGUCAACAAUGCCAUUGUGCAUUAUCGGGAUGACUUAGACCUCCAAAAUCUCAUUGACUUUGGUCAGAAGGAGUUCAGCUGCUGCGGGGGCAUCUCCUAUAAAGACUGGUCCCAAAACAUGUACUUCAACUGCACAGCCCACAACCCCAGCCGGGAACGCUGCUCUGUGCCUUAUUCCUGUUGCCUGCAAGCCGACGACCAGUCGGUCAUCAACACCAUGUGUGGCCAAGGGAUGCAGGCCCUUAACUUCCUGGAGGCCAGCGAGUUCAUCUACACCAACGGCUGCAUCGAUAAGUUGGUGAACUGGAUCCACAGCAACCUCUUCCUGCUUGGCGGGGUGGCCCUCGGCUUGGCCAUUCCUCAGCUGGUUGGGAUCCUGCUCUCCCAGGUUCUUGUCAAUCAGAUCAGAGACCAGAUCAAACUGCAGCUGUACAACCAGCAGCACCGUGCAGAUCCUUGGUACUGAAAGCACCAAUGUCCAGAGAAGAAUCCCCUCAUUUGAGGAUCAGACUCCUGCAAGGAACAUCCUGGUGAGAGAACGGAGGACCUCUUCUUGGCUGAGAUUGCAGGAAGCGUGAAAGCAAUCCCCCUUUCCCCUUCUCUUCCCCUCCCAAAUUUAAGAUUAAGGCUCAUGGGGGAGAACAGGGAUGGCACCACUAAAACCCCAACUUUCCCUUGCAUUUGUUGCCUGCAGAUACAGAAGCUGUGGCAGCAAUGGCUUGAGAUGCUGGUGGUCAGUAUUUGACCAGCCAGGCAAUGCUUUUGGCUACUUCAUUGAGGUGUAGAGAAAGGUUUGGGAGGGAUGGUUGCUGGAUAGAUUUAUCAGUCAAAGGUAAAGGCACCUCCUGUUCCAUGCUGUGGGAGAAAAGAGCCUUCUGGACUCAAGAUCUGUCCAUACUGCCAGUCUUCUGAUUUUGUGAUAUAAUCAGGAUGGUCUUCAACAGAGGAAUAGGCAGGAAGAGACCAACGACUCUGAGACCAACGACCAUCUGACUGGGAUGCGAGCGUUGCAUUCUGGAUUACAGCUCACAUGCUGGACAUGGGCUAGACUAAAUGACCUCUCAGGUGCCUUCUGACUCUGCGAUUCUUUAACUGACCAAUACAAGGAUCAAGAUGGAGGCAAGACCAGGAAAGCUAGUCGAUCAGCCGGGGGAACCUUUGCACUUUAGAUGGUUCCUUAUUAGCAAAUCCGUCUCCAGAUUCUUCUAAUGGGCACAAACUCUGUUGUCUGGAAGUGGAAAUGCCAAGCAUCAUGCCAGGUUGAGUCUGGCCCUCGCUUCCUCCUCCUUCCCACUAAGAGCAGUGAGGUUCACAGCUGCCAAGGACAGCAAGUUUUCCAUUGUUCAGUCAACUGUUGUAUUUCCACUCUGAUCAGUGUUAUGUGUGUGUUUGUGGAUGCCAUCUUGAUUUUUCAGUUUAGGCCUCCAAAAUGGCCUGAAUUAUCAGUGCCAGCAGUAAUGUUCACCAGUCCAUGUGAGAAAAGCCCUGCAGUGUUGGAUUAUCUGGCUAAUAUCCCAGCUUGUGGCAUCUUGCAGUAAUCCUGCACAUUUCCACUGAAAACUGGAGAACCAGUUCCCACCUGAGAUGGUUCCUUCCAACAUUUGUGAAGUAUCCCAUUGCCCCAACAAGGCUGAUCCACAAUUUAUAGGCUCUCUUUCCAUCUGGUGCCUCCCAAGGUCAACACAGCCAUGAAUUUGCUCUGGGCUUUAGACUGAAUUUAUCCAAGGGGCUGAAGCCUUGUUCUGUUGUUGUUGUUUGCUGUCUAUUUUGGCUUAUGGAGACCUUAUGAAUGGGAGAUCUCCUAGAGCCCCUAGAUUGUGUGAUGAUCAACACAAUCAUCAAUAUAGUUUGAAACGUGAUGCUGGAAGAGAGUUUUAUGGAUACCACGGGCUGCUUUAAAAAGACAAAUGAUUUAGAGCAAGCCAAGCCUGAAAUCUCAUUAGAUGUGAAGAUGACUAAAUCAAGGGUAUCAUAUUUUCACCAUGUCAUGAGACAGUGGGUAUAUUUACACUGUAUAUAUAAUGCACUUUGGCACCACUUCAAGUGUUGUAGCAUCAUCCUAUGGACUCCUAGAAUCUGUAGUUUUACAAGGCCUGUAGCUGUCUCUGCCAAAGCAUGCUGUUGCCUCACAAAACUACAAUCCCAGGAUUUUGUAGGAUGGAGCCACUAUGGCUGUUAGAAGUGGUGU